GCAAAACACACAGAUCCGGAGUGAAGGGGCACCGCUCCCCACAAUUGUGUACUUUGUUGCGCCCCGUCCUGCGACCAACACAACCGAUACAACUGUGCCUAGAAGUCUAAGGGGGAUCCCUGUGGAAAAUGGCAACAAGGGUAACGCUGGUGUGACAGUGCAGGAAGAAAGCUGACUCUCCCGUCUGACUGUUAACCCCCGCCCUUUGGCAGAUGCACCAAGGAGAGCACCUUGCUCCCCUCAAGCUGAAGCUACACUUGCAAUGCUAAAAGCCCGGAUGAUGAUAUGCCACUUGAACUGAGCACACCUACUGCUGUCCACUCAACAUCAACAACAGAAACAGGCAAAGAGAAGAGCACAACCAACCCGAGAAAGCGAGAGGAACACAACACAAGCUUUGACAAAAGUUCCAGUCCCACAGCACCAAGACCUCCGUUAACCUAAUUCUCUCGUGACACCAGGGGGGGUCACUCUAACUGGUUUCCCCGUUCUGCUUCGUGCCUGUCCCCCAGACCAUGAUGUUUCGCGACCAGGUGGGUGUCCUGGGAAGCUGGUUUAAGGGAUGGAAUGAGUGUGAGCAGACAGUGGCUCUGCUGUCGCUGCUGAAGCGGGUGUCGCGGACCCAGGCCCGCUUCCUGCAGCUGUGUCUGGAGCACAGCCUGGCCGAGUGCACCGAGCUCCACGUGUUGGAGGGGGAAGCCAAUAACCCAGUGGUGAUCAGCCAGUGGCAGGGCGAGCCCAAGGAGCGUGUCAUCUCCCUGGUCCUCACCCACCUGCCCCUGCUCAAGCCGGGCAACGUCGAAGCCAAGGGCGAGUACAUGCGCCUUCUCCCCCGCAUCCUGGCGCACACCAUCGACCACGGCCGCCACCUCGAAGAGUCACGCCAACUCCUCUCCUAUGCCCUCAUCCACCCGGCCACCUCGCUGGACGACCGCGCCGCCCUCGCCCUCUGGCUCAACCACCUGGAGGAGCGCGCCGCUGCCCGGGGCGACUCGUUGGAACGGCCACCCCCCGCCCCGGCCUCACUCCAUCAGACGCCCCCCUCGACACACUCCUUGUCAGGGUCCAGUUGGAGUUCCUCAGGGAGCCACCUGGGUCAGCUGUACCACCACCAGCGCUACGGCUCGGAUGAUAGGCUCAACGGCUGGCAGGGGUCCAGGGACUCGGGAUUGGGCAGUGGUUGGCACCAACAGCAGCAGGGGCAUGGAGGGUGUGAGAAUGGCGGGCACCUGGCGCUCUACCCGUCCUCGUCGGUGCCUGGGAGUAUCAACAUGGUUGGCACGGGCGGCAGCACAAAUGUGCCAGCCUGGCUGAAAAGCCUCCGUCUCCACAAAUAUGCAGCGCUCUUCUCCACCAUGACGUAUGACGAGAUGAUGUCACUGACCGAACAGCAGCUGGAAUCACAGAAUGUCACCAAAGGGGCACGGCACAAGAUAGUGAUCAGCAUUCAGAAACUGAAGGAGCGUCAGAAAAUGCUGCGUUGCCUAGAGAAGGAUGUGUUGGAGGGCGGUAACCUGCGUGGCCCUCUCGCCGAGCUCCAACAGAUGAUCCUGACGCCCAUCAAGGCGGUGGCCAGCGAUGAGUCGUCCCCUAGCUCGCCCUCCUCGACCGCACACAGGCCCCUGUUGAGCCCAGAGGGGAAGAGCAGCGCCGGCCCGGGAGGAGGGGAGGGGGAGACGGGGACCACCCUCAUCGCUGAGGGGGACAUCCCCGGCCAGUUCACCCGCGUCAUGGGCAAAGUUUGCACACAGCUCCUGGUGUCCAGGCCGGACGAAGAGAACAUCAGCUCCUACCUGCAGCUCAUUGACAAGUGCCUUCUUCACGAGGCAUUCACGGAGACGCAGAAGAAGCGACUGUUGUCGUGGAAACAACAGGUGCAGAAGCUGAUCCGUUCGUUCCCCAGGAAGGCCCUCUUGGACAUGGCCGGCUAUCGGGCGCAGAGGAGCAGCAGCAGUAGCCGGGGCUUCAGCCAGUCCAAUUCUCUCCCCACGGCGGGCUGCGUGGGGGGCAGCAGCAGCGUGUCGGCAGCCCGUCGCAGCCUGCGCCAGUUCCAGAUGCCCUCGCGGAGCCUGCCCGGCGCCAGGCUGGGCCUGCUGGGACCCACGCCACAUAGCGCCAGCAGCACCCCCACUGGCCUCAAGCAGGGACGACAGGGUCUUUGGUUCGCCAACCCCGGGGGCAGUAACAGCAUGCCCAGCCGAACCCACAGCUCGGUGCAGAGGACCCGUUCCCUGCCUGUCCACACCACGCCACACACCAUGGUCAUGUUCCAGCAGUCCGAUCUCCAGGUGCCGGUGACUGAACCAGACAUCAACAACCGGCUGGAGUCUCUGUGUCUGAGUAUGACGGAACACGCUCUGGGAGAUGGAGUCGACCGCACAUCCACCAUCUGAGAGGAGGACCUGAAGGAGACCAGGAGAGACUGAGCUGGUCCCAGGAGGCUCGCCGAACACCCAAAGUCCCCCUACCCACACCCCCCCACCCCACCUGCCCAUCAGGCGCCCCCACGGCCAAUGGGAGAGGUCAACCGGGGGGGUGGGCGAGCUCCAAAUCACUCCACGAUUAGCCAGUCUGUGAAAAACUGCUAACACCGCAGCAAAUUGGCAUGUUACCAUCUCGACAAAACACAGCUAUGCCCCAGCACCCUCAUAAGAAUCUGGGCUUCAGUGACAGAUAAGAUAGGCAGUACAGACUCCUCUCCUCACAGUGUCGCACCCAGUAUAACUACCCACAACGGUGCACUCUGCCGGGCUGUGGGAGAUAUACUGUAGUAUCACUUGGGUCGGCAUCAGCCAACAACCGAAUGGCCCUGGGGUCUGUUAAAAUGGGGGGGUUGUGCAUUAUGGGUACUGUAGUACAUCGUGCUACAGAGUUCCAGACUCUGUUCCCUUCUCUACCCUCAGUCCCAGUUACAGACCAGUAACACAAUUCCCACACCAGUUCACACCAGUCAGCAUUUCUCCCGGUGUCACUGAGCCAAAAACAAACAAGCCAAGUAAACAAUGUGGAACACUUUGUGAGAGAAGCCUUGGCUUUUCCUCCCACUGUUUGGGAGAGUUUUAGGGAGGCCAUUCUUCAAAAGGCUUGGGAGAACCCUAUGCUCUGAAUAGGUGACAGAAAAAAAGCAUUUAUACAUGUAUGUAUUGUUUACACAAGAUGUUACUAUCAAGGGUACCGAAACAUUUAUACAUUUCAGGUAUGAAUGUUAUCUCUUGAUUUUUUUUUAGAACUUUUUGUAAAGCAGUGACAUACUACCCGUACUAGUCGCUUUAUAGACUAACGUCCCACAGUAGCUAUCACUAUUACCACGGACUUAUUCAUUGUUUUGUUUUUUUGCUUUUUGUUCCUUUACCAGGAGCCAAACUGUGUGAAAAUGAGAACGCUGAAAAGAGAGAGGGAUGCAGCGGAGGUGUGUAGAAGGAAAAGAGAGGCAUGAGGAUAGAUGGGAGGAGGGGAAAUGAAAGUGGAGAGACACAGGAUGGUCUCUGCUAAGUGAUUUGGAAGGAGAAGAGGACUUUAGCGAUGAUGGAUUCAUGUCAGGGGCAGGGACUUUGAUUUGAAACAAGACAGAGGAAAAUAGCCUAGCAGGGUUAUGGUAAAGUUCAGGGUAAACUCAUCUUUUACACCGGGCAAUGACAUAUUAUAUAUACAAUACUGUGUAGAUGAUGUUAAUGUUGUAAAAAUAUAUAUAUUUUACCUUUAUUUAACUGGUUAAGUCAGUUCAGAACAAAUUCUUAUUUUCAAUGAAGGC